UAAAACAGUUUCAUAACAGCCGGAAAAUCUUUGUCAAGCUCAAUUUAACUAAUUGUUUAUUCUCUGCACAAUCAGAAUACCAUCCGAUGACAUGCAUGGGUUCGAGAGCCUCUUAUCAACGGAAAAUUUAUCUGAAUAAAUAGUGUUGCUCAUACAUUUAUGACAAGAUAUGAAACUUGGAUUCUAGCCAGGGGUCAUCUAUAAAUUGAGGCACUGUCCAUCACAUACGCACAGUUCCAGUCUGUUCAUUCGAUAACCAUGGCCAACUACUGCACUGUUUACGUUCUCAUCUUGGCUGUUGCCUUCGGCAACGUGCGUUGUGAAGAGGCCGCAGCCGCCCCUCAAUCUUUUGAGGAGCUGGUGAGCAAAGCACAGAGCACCAUCAAGGACAUGAACAAGCAUGUCACCGACAUGCUGGGACUUCCAGACAGAUCACACGAGAACGUCAACGAUAUCAUGAAGAACAUCUCCCAGUCAAUCCGUUCCAACAUCGAUGAGUUCAUCCAGAAAGCAAGCACAGCGGCAAAUGCUCCAGACAGUCCAUUGGCCGGAGUUAUCGCCAAACUGAACGAGACAGCAGCCGGUCUGACCACCCCUCAGAUGCAGGAGAAGACCAAGCAUCUUGGAGAAACUAUCACCAGCUCUUUCAACUCGAUUGUCACCGAAUUCGGCAAAGUGGCCAAGGAAAUCAACAAGGAGGCUCAGCCUGACUCUGAACUCGGAAAGUUCGCUAAGAAGACACUGGAAGACACCGUUGCUGCCGCCAAGAACUUCGAGAAAAAGAUUCACCAGGCAAUUGGCCCCCAUGAGGGUCACGAUCACCACUGAGGGCUGAUUUCAAUACUCCAGUGAAUAUAAACUAACAAUCAAUUUCGUUUAUUUAAUUUUAUUUAAUAAUUUAUCUUAAUUUUCAUGGCGAAAUAUUCAACGAUACAACAACCGUGUAAAUAUAUUGCCUUUUAAUAAAUUUUGUUCUGUUUUA